CUCAAACCCAAACGAAAACCUUUCAUCAAACAUUCAAAAUUCCAUUCAAACUCUCAUCUUUUCCAAAAUCUUUCAUCAAUUCACUCCACAAAUUCAAAGUUGUAUUCACUCUCAUCAUUAUUCCCACUUAAUUGUCAUUCAAGCUCUACAACAUUCAAGGCAUACCCAAAAGUUGCAAGUUUGCAAAUGGCUCCUAAAUUUGCUAGAGGAAAGGGAGUUGGUCGAAGUAAGGGACGAGUUGGGUCCUCAUCUAGUUCAUACAAAAGUAUAUUUGAUCUGGUUGAUAAAUAUAACAUGGAUUUCUUUGAUGAAAAGUUCCGCGGGAGAAUUAUGGCAAAGCAACAUUAUUACAAAAGAAUGACGGCUGAAGAUCUUCACAUCCCUGAAGUUAUCAGCAGGAUAGAUGAGCAAGGCCAAGGUCUUACCUACAUUCUUCAACUAACUCAACAAUACAAUGAAGAUUUGGUUCAAAUCUUUUAUGCCGGGCUAGAAAAGAAGAAUUUUGCUGAGUUUUCCUUCAGAAUUAGUGGUAUGCAAUACACUUUCACUAAUGACAAUUGGAAAUCUCUCUUUGGUUUCACAAUUGGAAAAGAACCAAAGGUUAAGGACUAA